GGAGGAGGUGGUCUGUCGGGUCCAACUAGACUGCGGGAGAGCUCAAGAAGGGCAGGAGGAGUGAGCACGCCUCUUCCGCUCUGGGCCCGGAAGGGUGAUGUGGCUGGGGCUUCGCGGGCCUCACUAUGUCUGCCAUUUUCAAUUUUCAGAGUUUGUUGACUGUAAUCUUGCUGCUUAUAUGUACCUGUGCUUAUAUCCGAUCCUUGGCACCCAGCCUCCUGGACAGAAAUAAAACUGGAUUGUUGGGCAUAUUUUGGAAGUGUGCCAGAAUUGGUGAACGAAAGAGUCCUUAUGUUGCAGUGUGCUGUAUAGUGAUGGCCUUCAGUAUCCUGUUCAUGCAAUAGCUUGGAACAAUGCCAGAAUUUAAUUGCCAUCAGAUUUCAAAAUGAAAAAGGACUUAUAUGCAGAAAAUAAUGGAAAGAGUGGUUAACCCUUUUAUCUCUGAACAUUGACUGAGAUAAAUUUCCAGCUGCUGUUCUUUAUUUUUAAGUUAUUGGACCAAUGUUCUAUAUAAAUAAUUAAGAUGUAACCAAACAAUCAACCUCAGUACUGUCACUACAAUAUUAUAGUCUGCAAAUGUCUUCUGUUGUGUCAGAUACCAGUUUUUAGUGAGGUAUUUCUAAGGCACAGAGUAGAAAACAAAAUUGGUAAAUUACUCAAGUUCCUUACACUGUGAUUUGGAAAUGAUAAAUCUUUAUAGAAUGAGACCUUUUUGGGGGCUAGCUUUUUUAUUGGGGAAAAGGGGGUUUCAAUUUGUGUUGGUAAGGAUUGCGUUCUUCUUUAAUAUUGCUUGCUUUUCCUCUGGCCACACCAUUUUGAACAUUAACCAGAGUACCUCUACUCUUAGUAAACUCUGUAGUUUAUUACAGAUUUUCUAAGUAUAUAAAAUAAGCCUGUGCAGUUCUUAAGGGAGAUAAGUGAGAUGCGACUUAAGAGUAUUAUUGGGAAAAUGUUCAUAUUUAACAUGAGAGUUUACACUGAAAGAAGCCUCUGAAACUUCUGGCCAAGUAUAGGUAAAUGUCUUAAGCAUAAACUUGACUAGCUUGCUGUUUGUCUCUGAAAAAUACUACAUUCUUAGAAUGAGAAGAGCAAAACAGAACAAUUAUAGAAUGAUCUCUUACAUAGUUUUCAUUAUUUUUAAUGUCAGGUCUUCAAAAAUGGAACAGUUAUUUUAAUUGCCCCAUAAUGCAAACUGUACUUUUGUUUUGUUUUUUUAAUACAGAACUUUAAAUCUAGUUUGUUUUGUCUGUCAAAAUUUGAACUGGAAUCUCAUGGAUAUAAUUUUUCAGUACUUUGGAGAUGAUGAUAAACAGUUUUCAGAUCUACUUAUCUA